UAAUUUAAUUAAUUUCGUCAAACAAUUUAUUAUGCAAUAAUUAUUGCUAUUAUUGUUUGCGUCAAUGGUCCGUUUUAAACCAAGGUGGCAACCCAGAGCAUUGUAUUUAUUCUUGGCGCGGUGUGUACACACUGUAUUAUUGCCGGUGUCUUUGGUUGGAAUUCCUUUAAUUUGUUGAAUUCGAUUGCGAGUAGUAAAACAGGGCUGCAAAUAUGGCCGACGACGAACAAGAGGAUCAGAAGGAGUACCGCUGGGAGACGGGAUAUGAAAAGACCUGGGAGGCAAUCAAGGACGAUGACGACGGCUUGCUGGAUGGAGCCAUUGCGGAGAUCAUUCAGAAGGCCAAGCGCCAGCGCCAGGCUCAAAAGUCCAAGCAGAACCGCCUGGGUAUGAUGCGCCACCUGUUCCUUGUGCUGGAUUGCUCCGAGUCCAUGAGCGUGCCGGACCUGAAGCCCACGCGAUUGCGCUGCACCGUCAAACUGCUCGAGCUGUUCAUCGAGGAGUUCUUCGACCAGAACCCCAUCAGCCAGCUUGGCAUUAUUGCGCUUAAGGCCAAGCGGGCUGAGAAGGUGACCGAGCUCACCGGAACCUCGCGCGUGCACCUCAAGGCGCUGGAGAGGUGGGUUACAGUAGGCCCUUUUGAAUUCCGACUCAUUCCCCUCUCUUUCAGCCUGGCCAACGUCUCGCUGACCAGCGAGCCUUCGCUGCAGAACGGCCUGAAUCUGGCGUUAAAAACCCUGAAAGUUGUCCCCUCUCACGCUUCCCGCGAGAUUGUCAUUAUCAUGGGAUCGCUCACCACCUGCGAUCCCGUGGACAUCAACCUCACCAUCGACGAGCUGAAGAAGGAGGGCAUUCGCUGCUCAGUAAUUUCGUUGUCGGCGGAGAUUCACGUUGCCCGCUACCUCACACAGCAGACGAUGGGCACUUUCGGGGCGGUUCUGGAUGACGCCCACUUCCGGGACCAGCUUAUGUCACAGGUAGAUCCGCCGCCCGCCGCAAAGACGCAGCACAAUUCGCUCAUUCGCAUGGGUUUCCCGCACACCAAGAAUGAAGUGGAGGGCAAGGACGCGCCGCUGUCUAUGUGCAUGUGCCAUAUUGAAAACUUGGAGGAGCCCAGCGAACUUUGCACCACUGGUCACCAUUGCCCGCAAUGCAACAGUAAAUACUGUGAGCUGCCCGUCGAGUGUCAGUCCUGCGGACUCACACUAGUCUCGGCGCCACAUUUAGCGCGAUCUUAUCACCACCUGUUUCCGGUGCCCAAUUUCGAGGAACUUCCGUUCGAGGCAAUGCCUGCCACCUCCUCAGACCUCGGAAGCGGAGUCAGGGAGUGCUACGCCUGCGCCAAGGCCCUCGGGCAGGUCACCGAAAAGGUCGCCGACAAGGUCGUAUUCAAAUGUGGAUUCUGCAAACAGUUCUUCUGCAUCGACUGCGACAUCUUCAUUCACGAGACCCUGCACGCCUGCGUGGGAUGCAACACCAUUCCUGGCGUGGACGGCCUGGUCUACCAGCAGAAGACCAAGGCCGACCAGGAUGAAUCCCACCCGGGGACCUCCAAGCAGCGCGCCCAGUUUGGCAUGUAACUGACUUUCUUUAGACAUAUUUAUAUUAGAAACUCCAACUACGCAUUUAGGGCAAAACCAAUACAGUUCAAUUCGUACCGGUGUUCGUGAGUUGUAUCAAUUAAGAUCUGGUGUUAUGCUUAAUAAUUGUGAAGGUGAGCGUAGCAAUAGUAUGGCCGCUGUCAAACCCUCUCAUUUUCAUAGCAAAUUGCUUGGUCGUUGGUUCCCCGUGCCUCCCCAUGCCAACUUGGCGGGCUUUUGUCUACAGCCCGUUUGAGUUCAUCGUCAGCGCUUGUUGCAUUCGGUUGGGUUUUGUUUCUAUUCGAUCGCAAAGCUCUCGGCAUCCACAGGUGUUCUCGCUGCCACUACUGGCGGGAAUAAAGUUAAACCCGCGUUGGUGUGAAUUUCGAAGCGACCGGCCCGAGAGAUAACUUUGUUUUUGAGCAGGUCUGUUGCGGAGUAGAGGUACUGCUCUAUGACACCCAUAAAGAAUUUGUGGAGACGAUGACGCUGCUUUUAACUAGUAUUAAACUAGUUUGAGCCCAGCUUAACCGCCACAGUUAUCGAUUAAUUUAUUAUAUGUUAAACAUUUAAGUGAAGAGCUACAGCUUAUUAUAAAGGUUACCAUUGACAUAAAAUUUAUAAAUGUACAUAUAUUUUUCAAAGGUGCUAUUAUAGAGUUGAGAUCUGCAUUUAUA